UCCUCCCCUCCCAUUUUUUCUUCUUUUCCUUAGUCACCAAGACUCUUCGUCAACAGUUUACAUUUUUUUGUUUUUGUAACCCUUCUUCCAUGUACUACCUUCACUAAUAAUAAUUCCAUUCAAUCACUCAUCACCAUCUUCUUCUUCUUCUUCUUCUUCUUCUUCUUCUUCUUCUUCUUCAGAAUCUCUGGUUCCAUGAACAAUCUAGAAGGCCAAGACCCAUUAGCCCAACUGGAUUGGGAGUCUUUCUUCGACAAGUUACCAGAAUUCGAAGUCGGCGACUUUUUUCCGGAGAAUCAAAACUUUGAUCCUCCUAUUCCCGUCGUUGACGAACCUCCCUCUCUGUCGGAUAUUGAGAACUUGCUCAUGACAGAUUUGCGUGAUGCCGAGGAAACCGUGUCGUCCGAGUCCGACUAUGAUAAACUUCUGGCGGAGAUUCUCGUGGAACCGCUCCCUGAAUCGGAUGAAGGUUUGGUUCCGUCUCAUAAAGACAGAGUCGAUCCAUUAACUCCCGAAGUGCUUCCGCAUGAACCCGUGUCAAAGAAGGAAAUAAGGCAGAUUAGGAACAGGGAUGCUGCUGUAAGAUCAAGAGAGAGGAAGAAGAUGUAUGUGAAAAACCUUGAGACGAAGAGUAGGUAUUUUGAAGGGGAAUGCAGAAGGCUGGAGCAUUUGCUCCAAUGUUGCUAUGCUGAGAACCAUGCUUUGCGGCUUUGUUUGCAAUCACGUGGUGCAUUUGGUGCUUCCAUGACCAUGCAGGAGUCUGCUGUGCUCUUGUUGGAAUCCCUGCUGCUGGGUUCCCUGCUAUGGUUCAUGGGCAUCAUAUGCCAACUCAGUCUACCCCUCAUACUGUGGCUAACAGUGUUACCUACAAGAGAAAACAACAUGGAACAGAAAGGUCUAAUAAAAGUGGCUCUAAAAGGGCCAAAAAGUAAAAACUCUGAGUAUUUAUUGACUCAGUCGUUUGUAACAAGUAGAAGAUGCCAAGCUUCAAGAACAAAAAUGAAAGUCGAUUUUCUCAUGUUCUAAAACUUUUGAAGUGGGGCCUUUCAGGUGUUCUGUUCCUUCCUUCUUUCUUUGCCUUUUCUUUCUGUUUCUAUAUUUAUUGAGAUUUUUAGAUAGAGUUGUAAACCGAACAUGUUGGAGUCAUAUUUAUCAGUAUCAGCUUCUAUGUUUUCUUGUUUGAACUUAUUAUAGGACUAUAGUGUGCUCUGUGUUCUUCCUAUUUGAAACAUGGAAGCUAUUUUUGUAUGUAGA